AUGGGCGUGCGGUCGCAGGCGAGGGGCGACGCGGCGGCGGAGAAGCUGCGGGCCGAGUUCCCGAACGCAAAGAUAUCGGUGUGGAUCGUCGACAUGGCGUCGUACGACUCGGUCCGCGCGUUUGCGGCCAGGUGCGAGUCGGACCUUGACCGCAUCGACUCGGUCAUACUCAACGCGGCGCUGUAUACGCCGGACUUCUCCGUGGCGGAGGAGACGGGCCACGAGCUCACCCUGCAGGUCAACUACCUCUCCACGGCGUUCUUGUCGCUGCUGCUGGUGCCAGUCCUCAAGGCCAAGAAGAAGGCGGCGGGUGCGUCGCCGCCGGUGCUCAGCGUCGUUGGGUCCGACUCAGCGUACAUGACGACGCUGCUGUCGACGGACCCGGUGCUGCCCGCGCUGGACAAGCCCGAGAACUUAUCGAUGUUUGACAGUUAUUCGAGGUCGAAGCUGCUGCUGGUCUUCUUUGUGGCCAAGCUCGCGGAGCACGUCGACCCGGCCGACGUAAUCAUCAACUAUCCCAACCCGGGCUUGGUCAGGGGGACCGAGAUCGGCCGCUCGAAUUCCACGCUGAACAAGAUUGCUUUCCUGGCCGUAUCCUACCUCCUUGGGAGGGUGCCCGACGUCGGAGCUUCCAUAUAUCUCUAUGCCGUGUUCAACUACGGCGCCGAGGGUCAUGGUAGUUUCAUCAGCGACUGGACCAUCAAACCAUAUCCCCCAGUGUGGUACACUGAAGAAGGAAAGCAGGUACAGACCAGGCUAUGGGAAGAGACCAUCAACGAGUUGAAGCCAGUCGGUGCACCAGCACCGUGA